AUCUACGUCUGAUUAACAACUGCAACCGUCGAACCCGCGUUACUGCUCCAAGGGCGGAUAGAAGAAAGAGUACCGGCUUCCAAUUCGGUUAAGCUUUUAACCAAAGGCACCGGUCCUUACAAAGGUUUUUGCAUACAUUACUGCUGAAUUAAAGACUUAGCAAGGAAGCCCCGAAAGGCCUUUCUUUGGCUGGGUUAGCUGCGACUUGCGUGCGACAUCCAGACGAUGGAGCAAGAUCAAGGCGAUGAAGCCCAGAAGGCUCUUAAUGUGCAGCUUGCUAGGUCUCAAACUGAUUAUAAACGCCAGGCGAAGGGCAGAUACGCAUUCUGGGAGACCCAGCCUGUGACUCAGUUUGUUGAAAACGGAGAGGCUGCGGAGGGCCCGAUCGACGCGCCAAAGACAAUCCAGGAUGUGCGACAGGAGCCGUACACAUUGCCGGACAGCUUCGAGUGGUGCGUGUGCGACCUGAACGACGACGCAGUGGCGCAUGAGGUGUAUGAGCUGCUGAGCAACAACUACGUGGAGGACGAUGACAACAUGUUCCGGUUCAACUACUCUGCCGGCUUCCUCAAGUACUGCCUGCUGUGCCCGGGCCACCGGCUGGAGUGGCUGGUGGGGGUGCGCGUGCGCGCCUCGCACAAGCUGGUGGGCUUCAUUUCCGGGGUGCCGGCGCACAUCCGCGCCAACAGCCAGACGGUGCCCAUGGUGGAGAUCAACUUCCUGUGUGUGCACAAGAAGCUGCGGUCAAAGCGUCUGGCGCCCGUCCUCAUCAAGGAGAUCACGCGGCGUGUAAACCUCUGCGGCAUCUGGCAGGCGGCCUACACCGCGGGUGUGCUGCUGCCCAAGCCGGUUGCUACAUGCCGCUACUACCACCGCUCGCUCAACCCACGCAAGCUCAUCGACGUUGGUUUCUCGCGCCUUGCUCCGCGCAUGACCAUGGCACGCACCAUGAAGCUUUACAAGCUGCCUGACACGCCCGCCACUCCCGGACUGCGCGAGAUCCGGGCCUCAGACGCGGAACAGGUUGCCGAGCUGCUCAACACGCACCUGCAGCGGUACAAGGUGACGCAGGUGUUCACGCCAGAGGAGGUGGCGCACUGGUUCCAAAACGUGGACAACGUGAUCAACGCCUAUGUGGUGGAGUCGCCCGACAGCCCCGGCCGCGUGACCGAUCUCGUCUCCUUCUACACGCUGCCCUCCUCCAUCCUGGGCCACCCGCAGCACACGGAGCUCAAGGCCGCCUACCUCUACUACAACGUCUCCACCGUAACGCCGCUGAAGCAGCUGGUGUCGGACGCCAUGGUGCUGGCGGCAGCCCGCGGGUACGACGUGUUCAAUGCGCUGGACCUCAUGCAGAACAGCACCUUCCUGAAGGACCUGAAGUUUGGGCAGGGCGACGGGCAGCUGCACUACUACCUGUACAACUGGCGCAUGGCGGGCGGGCACUCCAUUGCGCCGCAGGACGUGGGGCUGGUGCUGAUGUAGGGCGGGGUAGUUGUGAGAGGGAGCUGGUGUGUGGUGCGGGAGCUGGUGCUGAUGGGGGAAGGGUUGGGGGUUGGGUUUGGGUCCUUUGGGGGUCGAAGCUGGUUACAAGGGCUGAAUGUGCGGGAAAAUGAGAAAGAAAUACCACGCUUAGGACAGGAGCAGCAUACGGGCGUGGGAUCAGGGAGGUCGGAGGGCUGCCGUCCGGUUGCAUGAAGGGUUGCGAAUGGAGGGUUCUGUACCUUUCGGCUGCAAUCGCCGGUGCUUUGGCACCUGCUCUUGCGCUUGAGGAGUAGCACGGCUAUGAUGCAGAGAUGGCUGGUGGGGAAUCAUUGUACAUUUACCCUUACGCGACGGCAGCUGCAAUAAGGCCUUGGAUGUGCUCUUCGGCUUUGAUGUCCUAUUGCUUAGUUUGUGGCCAAGGCCAUUGUGGAAGUUACCACCGGGUACAGCAUUGGUACUGAGCCGUGCCCCGACGUGUUCAUCUGGGAUCUGGGAGGCAGGGGCAAAUCAACAAUUACGGUUAUGCCUUGCGUAUCCCACCACUGUUUAGUUGGUGCUCUGACAAUGCAUUCCACGCGAAGGAAUGGGUAGUUAAUGGCUUGAUGUGUUUGGAGGCGAUUGCCCAACCACGCUGCGGGUGUCUCUGGAGGCCCAUAACAAUCCAUCACUCACAACAAAUCCUGUAUGUACCGGAACCGACCUUU